GACUCUACCUACAAGACAACACAGUUUAAAUGUUUCCUAACGAGAAGUAACGAUUAAACAUUGUAAUUUAUUUUAUUUAGAGGGGAAACAAGCUAUAUAUUUUUGUAUCGUGCCGUUAUUAAUAGUGCUAUUCCCGGAAUUCGUAAAGAAUAAGGGGGGAGAAUCGAAGAACAGAAAAGAGAGGAAACGGAAUCCGCGAGUGGCGAAAGAACGCACGGACGCGACGGACAAGGGAAAGUACGUAAAGGAUAAAAAAUAGUGCUAUCGUUCGGCGUAAGCGACGGAAAGCAAAGUGGUGCUGGCAUAUAACGAAGCACGAGUAGGAAGGUAAUACAGUAUACGGGGUCUGAGGUGAUAUUGCGACGCCUGACUAACGACGAAGACGGUCACAAAGGCGCCGCCGCGGACCACAACGGAAAGAUCGACGAGGAAGGUUGGUGUAUACGAGACGACGAAGAAAAUAAUCGUCGGGACAAUUAAAAAGCGGAGGAGAAAGAUUGUAUCACGAAGACACACUGGCCGUCGCUAAGGCUGAAAUCGACGGCCAAGUAGGCGGAUAAUCUCGCGUACUUUUGCUCUCUCUCUCUCUCUCUCUCUUUCUCUCUCUCUCUCUCUCUCUCUCUCUCUUUCUCUUUCCCUUGCAACUCGUUCGAUAUCUUUCUUCUUUCUCUUUUUCUCACACUACCUAUCUUUCUUGCGUUUUCUCUCUCUCUUUCUCUCUCUUUCUUUCUCGUACGCACACGUACAAUUACACAUAUACAUUUCGUGUCCGCUCAACGCGGCUGGCCUAAGCUUUCGCCGGUAUUGUGCGUGUGUUAAACAACGACGUGCAGUAAAGUGUAAAAGAAGUAUUAGUAGUAGUUUAGCAGUAGUAGUGUGAAGAGUGUACGAUCGACACACCCUCUUGACGCUCGUCAUCCGUUCGCAUCGCCAUCGGCUCGGCUUUCUCUACCCUUUUCUUCCUUCGUAUUUCUCCCUCAUCUAUCAUUCUUUCUGUCUUUACAUAUCUCGUUCUCUCUUCUUCGCACACUCGCGCAUCUUGCGCGCGUAUGCUCCCUCGAAUACAUAAGUACGCGUAUCGAGUACCUAUACCUAUAUACACACACACAUACAUUCUUACAGCAUCGUACGAUAGCAGACAGAGCGCGCUGAGGCUCGCGCGCGCGGCUCCUCGUCCCCUUCGCACCGUCCGUCCAAUCUCUCUCUCUCUCUCUCUCUCUUGCUCCCGCCCCUCCUUUCCUCCGUUCGUACCUCCAUCGCCCUUUCCACCGUCCUCCUCCCCCACUCCUCGCCACGGUGCAAAGUGAUUUAUCGUUCUCGCUCGUCGCGUUCGGUUUCGUCGGUGCGUUAAAGGCUCUAUUGUGAUCCCCGUAACCAUACGCGCCGUACCACCGACGUCUCUUCUUCCUCCUUUACCCUGCACCAUUCCCGAUUUCGUCUCUCCAGACGAUAGCCAUCCAUCCAGCCGGUGGCGAGCCACCGCGCGUCUCGUCUCGUCUCGUCUCGUCUCGUCUCGUCGCGUCUCGUCCAUUACCGUCCUCCACCUCCUCCAUCUUCUCCUCCAUCUCUGGCAGUGUUGCCUCCCCCUCUCACUAGCUCGACUGUAUCCCCCUCUUCUGGUGCGAUUCCUUCCCCCUCCCUCCCCUCUCCUCAUUAUCGGCCGUGCGAUCAGGGGGAGUACGACACGAGAUAUACGACAUUCCGCCGAGCCGUGCGACGGUGCUCUCGGCCGCGUCGUGGCGCGCGUGGCAUCGAAGGGUGGAGGAGAGCGGGCACGUGAAGCAGCCGCAUCUUUUCCGUGUACGUAGAAAGCAGCAGCGAAGCCGAGGAAGGUGCGCCCAAGGAGCUGUUUCCUGCUAUUGCUGUCAGGGAGGGAGAAGGGGAGGAAGAGCAACGAGGCUCGUCGGCGACCGAUUUGCCAAGACGAAGUGCACGCACUCGCAGCGAUAGUUAGUAGUGGCACGGCAACCACCACACCAUCGUCACCACCAUCGUCAACAUCUUCGCCACCUUCUUCACCAUUACAACUGUUAUUACCGCUACUUACUACGACUACUACUACACUACAACCAGUACUACUAGUUUAGUACUACUACACAGCUACAGUUGCAACAACACUAUUACCAGAGCAUCGUUGUUCCAAACCUGCUAGGAACUACAUACCGCUAGCAUGUCCGUCAGAAUGGAAAACGUUGCCGCGCCGAGAAAACUCAACUACAAGAUGAUGGGGACAAACGGUCCACGGCCAACAUACGUCGGCGCUAACAACGGUAACGCCGGUGGAGGCGGUGGAGGCGCCAACGCCGGAGGCGUGGGCGUGGGUCCUACGAGCGGCGGCGGCGGCGGUGGAGUCGGUGGCGGAGGCGGCGGUACUACGGCUGGUAGUGGCGGCGGUGGAGGUGGCCACGGGGGCGGCGCUGGCGCCGGCGCCGGCGGCGGAUUGAAGGGCAACGCGACGGGAGGAGCGGCCGGGGGCGGCGGUGGAGGUGGUGGUGGUGGCGGCGGUGGCGGCGGCGGUGGCGGUGGACCACGAGGAGGGAAUCCGGUGCAGUACCGAGCGAGCGGCGCCGCCGCAGCAGCUUGGGGCGCGGCGCCGUCGCACGCCGCCGCGGCUGCGGUGGCAGCAGCGGCCGCCUAUCCGCCUUACACCCGCUAUCCGAGUGCCGCCGCGGCGGCUGCCGCAGCGGCACAGGUACCGGUCGGUGCGCAACCGUUACCGCCCUCUGCCAACCCUUACGCCACCGCCCCCUACGCUCAGCACGUCUCGGCACGGUGCAGCGCUGACGCGGGGUCACGGUCACUCCGGCAAGUGUCGUCAAACUGCAAGCGAAACAAAUUUCCCAGAGACUAUGGUGGACAACGAGUACCUACAGCCUCGUCACCAGCCAAUACUACCAGUAGUUCUAGCAGUGCCACUGGCAGUCAAAGCGGGGCAAUGAGCACAAGUAUGAGUAAUAAUGCUAUGCAAGGGCAGCAGGCGGAACAGUUAUCGAAAACAAAUUUAUACAUACGUGGCCUCAACCAAAAUACAACAGAUAAAGACCUUGUUAAUAUGUGUUCUCAGUAUGGAACUAUAACUUCCACAAAGGCAAUAUUGGAUAAAACAACAAAUAAAUGUUAUGGCUUUGUAGACUUUGAGUCACCGGUGGCGGCAGAGGGUGCUGUGAAAGCACUGGUCGCCAAGGGCAUCCAAGCGCAGAUGGCGAAAGUGGGUAUCUGGUUGCUCCGUAGACUGGCAAGUGUACGUUGGUUGUGCAUGCAACAACAGGAACAGGAUCCUACAAAUCUGUAUAUCGCAAACCUGCCAUUGAACUUUAAAGAAAACGAUGUUGAAGGAUUACUUCAACAAUAUGGACAAGUCAUCUCGACUCGCAUUUUACGCGACACCUCAGGACAAAGUAAGGGUGUUGGAUUUGCAAGAAUGGAAUCCAAAGAAAAGUGUGAACAGAUAAUUCAAAUAUUUAAUGGAAAAGCAUUACAAGGAGCUAAAGAUCCCUUGUUAGUUAAAUUUGCUGAUGGUGGUAAUAAGAAAAAAUCAAUGUAUAAAAGUACAAUGUGGAGAGACACUGGAGAAAAUAUGACUAUGAAUUAUGAUGCAAGUGGAGUUGGUCAAAAUGGUGUUGCUACAGCUCAUAUGUUACCUACAGCAACUUUAACUCAAUACGGUCGUCAUUAUGGUCAAGCUGUCCCUGGCUAUAGCGUACCAGGAGCUCCUUGGGUCACACCAUACCUCGUGCAGCCCGCGCCUCCUCAUAUGCAACAGGUCGACAUGAUGCCAUCUGCCGACCCUAGUAAUCCUCAAUACAGUAUAAUUCCUCAGCUUACAACACAAAUGUCUACAAUGCAUCUUGGCACUGGUUCCUACAUAGCAAGUCCUCAUCCCUAUUCUUAUACUACUUAUCCUCCACCUAGCAUUAUCCAUCCAAUACCAUUGGGCGAUUCUGAACAGACCAGUAAUGCAGCAUCUCCUGAUGAUUCUUACCAACAGUACCAAGCUCAGCAGCCCAAGUAGGAUACGGUUUAUAGAUACGAAUAUGCUGAGGGCUACAUAAGUUAGAAACGAUACACAUGCUGAACACAAGGGAUUAUUAUUAACGAAGAAUAGAAUGAGAUAAAUACAUAACAUAAAGUCAGAUAAGAUUCUUCCUCAUGAUAAAUUGACUUGCCAGCCAUCUUUUAUACAUUUUAUCCAUCAGCUAAAUAGGUGAAAGUAGUUAAUAUUUUGCAACGAGUCAAGAAAGGAUAUUGACGUAAUAUGGGGUAUGAGACUGGCGUGUCUUCUACAUGUUCGACACUAGUUCGACUCUUUACACUGUACCAGCACAUCAUACGACAGUGACAAACUGAUAUUUGCAAUGAACAGUUUAGUGUCAAGCUGAUAGGCUUCCAGGAUAACUUUAGGUAUUACAUAUACUAAGGAGACUAUGAGUCGAAGCUGAAGGCUCGAGAAUGUGAAUAAAUAUUUUAACAAAAAUGUAAACUAUGAAAACGCUGCUCAGAAAUAUACGAAAGAGAAUUCUUCCCAAGAGUAAUAAUAAUAUAAUAUUAAUAAUAAAAUAAUGAUAUAUAAGAAUAAUAAGAAUAAUAAUAUACAGAGAGCACUUCCAAUGCUAGAGUUGAUAAAAAUUCAGAUUCAGUAUGGUUGUAAAUCAGUACCAACCGGACUUGUGCCAGCUGGCUGGCCGGUGGCUUGGCUGUAAGAGAAGGGAGAUACCAUUCGCGUAACGAAUUUCAACGACGUGCGAAACUCCUCAUUCACAGCACAUGCUACUCCACCCGCUUACCGCACUUUUAUCGGUUUAUUUUCGUUCAGACAUUCCAAGCCAGGCACAUGUGUGUACUGCCACGUGGAUAUACCUUAAUCUAAUACUUCUACGACUAUAUUUCACGUUCUGUUUUAAUCACGAACGAUACAUUUUACUAAGAAAAAAAAAGCAACACAUAAGAGAGGAAAGCUUUGUUUCUAAAAGUCUUCAGGAUUAUAAUAUACAAUAAUUAUUGCACGUGAACGAAAAAAACAUAGUACUCUUUAGAGAGUGUUAUAUUUAUGAGUACAGUUACUAUGAAUCGAUAUCAGUUUUAAUUGUACAGUGAAUACAGAUAUUUUUUUUAGAAUUGUGCCUUUUCAGACAAAUCCACUUAGACAGGGAUAUGCUGAAAAAUAUUAUAAUAUAUUUUUAACAUCGGAAUGUAAAUGUGAAACCUGAGCCAAAUUUUGAUCUUCUAGUUAAGAGAAUAUAAUUGUUUUUGCGUUGUAGCCAGUUAAUCAACUACGUUUGUUUUUGAUUAUGAAUUUGAUAGAUUUUGUAUGUAUAGUUGCCACUAACGGGAUUGGUAAAAUGAAACAUCAGGUAGUGUUCGAGGAGUUGCUUAGAGAAAGAAGAAAAAAAAUAAAGAAAAGAAAUCAAACGGCGGAUUCUUGUAAUCGAAACGCGUGCCGCCCGAGAAACUUAGUAAGCUUUGUUACGACGGGAUAUGAUAGUUAGAGUGUAAAUUAAUUUAUUAUAUCGAACGAACGAACGAAUAAACGCGAUACUAAUUGAAUGAAGAUAAUGAACGAACGAUGGGGCGGUAGCGAAAAAAUAGGCGAGGGAUUUCGAUGAAGUGUGGAGUGGUGUGUAAAACGAAAUAUAUGAGAAAGACUCUCGAACGACGAUGGUAUAGAAAAGGCGGGGGAAAGAAAAAAGAAAAGGUUCUCUCCCUAUGUUUUCCUACCUCUCUCCGGUCGUCGUCGUACAUCCGGAAAAGUUUCACGUCGUUGUCAGACUUAGGAUCGAGUCGAGAAACGAUUUAGCAGAAAGCUUUCUACCAAAUAUGCGAGCUACGAGUGGCUCAUGUGACAUGUGGCGGACAGGUAGUUAGAUAGAGUUAGAGGCGAUCGUAGCUAUUAUUAUAAUAUUACAAUAAUAUGCUGUAUUAUUAUAAUUAACGAUUACUAUUAUUGACGACAUCUAAAGUAUGAAAGAUUUUUACACUGUUGAGACUUGAAGUAAAUAAUAUAUUUAGUUUAUUUUGGUACAUCACGAUUUGAUGACAAGAGAUAAAAAAUGAAAAAAUGGUAUGAGCUAUUUUUUAAAAGACCGAUUAUUACUCGAUUUGAGUCCAUGCAUUAAGAGAGAAAGGGGGAGAGAGAGAGAGAGAGUGAGUGAGUGAGAGAGAGAGAGAGAGAGAGAGAGAGAGAGAGAGAGAGAGAGAGAGAGAAAGAGUAAGAGAGUAAAGGAGAAAAGAGGAAGAAAAAGAAGAAGGAGAAAGGGAUGAAGAAAUGAAAGAAAAGAAGAAAUUUAAAAAAAAGUAGUCGAGAAGAAGAGAGGUUGGAAGAAGCAACGAACGAGAUAAAGAAGAAAGGAAGAAAGGAUAAGAAAAGAAAGAGGCGAAAGGAGAACCUAUUUACGAGUGUGUAUUGUUCCAGAAGCGAUUGUCACCACGACUGACAACAAAAUCACAUGUGAUUAAAUAGUGAAUUUUGAGAAUUUUACUAAUAGACUUGUACUAAAUAACUAAUAAUUAUUGUGACGACCAAACAAAGGAAAAGGAUUAGUGCUGACUGAGCGUGGAAGGAUGCUCCGGCCGAGUAGCCCAGCAGCUCCCACGCGGAUUAAAAAACGGAGAGCCGCGGAUCGGGAGGGAGGGAGAGAGAAAGAAAGAAAGUGAUCAGAAAAAAGAUAUAAAAUUAUUGUAUAGAACGCGAAGAAAGGAAAGGAGCACAGCGACAAGUUGUGUGUAGCUAGUGUUGACUAUGAAUAGGCUAGGCAACCAUUUUGAUUAAGAAUAAAAGUAACCGAGUAAGCGAUAAAGUUAGGUAAAGUAAAAUUAGCGAUAGUUAGAAUAUAAACUGCCUCGCUCCCUACUCGAUCGCAGGGGGCUGUGGCACCGUUCAGCCUAUGCACCUCGCACCCGUCAAGACUGACUGGCUAUUCAUAUUAAUAAUAAAUAUAUAUUAUUAUUCUACAACAUAUUAUGUCUACUUGUAAUAUAAAUAGUAAGGACUGCUUGCUGCGCACCGCGGGUCGGGUGCUUGGGCUGGCCGGCUAUGGUUUACACAACCAUUUUGGAAACUCCGUUUCCAAGCAAUGCUGCUUUCCGUAAAGCUUUCUUUAGAAUUCUAGCGUAGAUUCUAUUAGAUCAGAUAACAUGUAGUUGUAGGUUAAUGUAGACAAAAAAUGAGAAAAAACGUAGAGUGUUUUUAAGUAAAUCAUGUUAGUCGAUAUCGGCUUAAGAGAGAGCAAGAGAGAGAGAACAUGGAUGAAUGAAUGAAUAAAUGAAUAAAUGAGCUAACGAGCGAAUGCAUGAGAGAGAGAGAGAGAGAGAGACAGAAAGAGAGAAAGAGAGAAAAAGAGAAAGAACGACUUGCAAGAAUGAAUGAGCAAAGCAGAUAAAAGAAGGAAACGAGUCCAUGUUGGCUCGAUGUUAUAUCGAGAGCAUGAUCGUACUUCGACUUGUACAGUCUUUAGUUUACGAAGUUUGAAGUCAUUGUUUUACAUUGUUAAGCAAAGGUUGUAGUUUGUAAUGAUCUUGAUUUCUAUCUAUUUUGAACUUCCUAUUUCCCUACCCCCGCGAAUCGUCCCAUGCCAUUCCCUAUUUCCGUUUUCUUUCUUUUUUCUAUUUCUAUUUUAUUUUUUUUUGUUUCAUUUAAUGUACUCAAUUCCUUUAUGUUGAUAAUUAAUAAUGAAAGAUGGACAUGUAAUUCUCCAAACAACAUAACACUGUCUGCUUAUUAUUAUUCUUUUUUUUUUCUUUCCACUAUAUAUAUUGUUAUGCGGUGUGCGACCAAUGAGAACCCAAACACGAAAACGACGUUGGAGACUUACGCGUACAAGGAUCGAUUUAUACAGAUACAGAUACUUUAAGAUGGCGAGGUAUAGCACGUAACGAAACUUAGAUUAAGGCAAGUGUGUCAUAGCUAAUUAAGAUAGGGACUCUUAGAAGUCGAUAGGUGCUGUAAUAAAACAAAGUUUAACAACUGUCAGAAUUAGAUUUUCCAUGAAACUUGAAUAAGGACAGGGCAUAAGCCACACUAAAAGUGCCCUUAGUUUAUUUUGGAUCGUUUAAAAACGCUAGUCUUUGUGUGAGAUAAUGUGGGGGUUAGAUAGGAUCUUCUAGAACAGAAAAAAAACAAAACAAAAGAAAAAAGAAAAAACAGAGUGAGAAAGUGAAAAAAAUGUGAGCGCACGCGCGAGAGAGAUUGAGAGAGGAAGAGAGAAAGAGAGAGCGAGAGAGAGAGAGAGAGUAAGAAUGUGUGAGAAAGAGCACGUGGUGUGUAGGUAUAUGCAUACAUUCACUAUGCAUACUUCAAACCAUCUGCCUAUUACACGACACCGACUGCAGACACUGUUACUGUAAAACUGCACACUGCGAGUGCACGCUCUCUGCCAUCCUAUACGUUGUAUAGGAACGUGCACUGAUCAGUCUUAGAGUUACUUACGACUAUGGUUUGGUAUAUUCAAAAUGAAAAAAAAAAUCAAAUUCCUAAUUAUUAUCGUCCCUUAUUUUUGAUCAAUAAACGAUCUGUUUUGGGGA